AUGUUGAGAAGGCAAAUGAAGAGUCUCCAAGUUGCCCGAGGAGGUGAAAGUUUGGACUCUGAGGACCUAUGUAUUCAUCCAGAUGUGGAUAUGCCAGUAGGGUACAAACCCCCAAAGUUCGAUAUUUUUGAUGGGACGGAGGACCCUCACGCACAUUUGAGGGCUUAUUGUGACAAGUUGGUCGGAGUGGGAAGAAAUAAGAAGUUGAGGAUGAAAUUGUUUAUAAGAAAUUUGACGGGAGAAGCACACCAGUUCGCAAUGGUGAACCUGCAAAAAAAACCAUCUAAGUUGUUCCAAGGAUAUGCACAACGGCGGAGGUCGGAGGCUGCCAGGGCGCAACCUCCACUGGAUGACAGUGAACUAACCAAGUAUUUCAUUAGAGCCCAUGAUGGAAUAUACUUUGAAAAGAUGAUGGGAAUGAUGGGUCAAAAGUUCCCCGAGCUGGUCAAGAUGGGAGAUUUCUUAGAAAAGAGCAUAAAGUCUGGUAAAGUACAAUCCAUGGCAGUACUGCAAGUGGCCAGCAAGUCCAUCCAGUCAAGGUCAAUCGGUAUCGUAAAGAAGAAGAAAGAGGAG